GUUUCAUGACAGCAAUUUUGGCAAGAGGCAGUGAAAUGAGCCACAUCACAGGUCUCAAAACUUGGAUAAGAUCACAGAGAAGGAUGGUACAGGUGGUUUUUCUGCAUCCAGACCUUGGUAUAGGUGGAGCGGAGCGUCUGGUUGUUGACGCUGCUGUCGCACUAAAGUCUCAAGGAUGUAAUGUCCAAAUCUGGACUGCCCACUAUGACCCGAACCACUGUUUCUCUGAGACACUUGAGGCAGACCUACCUGUGGUGUGUGUGGGUGACUGGCUGCCCACCAAUGUUUUUGGUUACCUCCAUGCCCUGUGUGCUUACCUGCGGAUGAUCUAUGUGGCGCUCUAUUUGGUUUUCCUCAGUGGCCUGGAGUACGAUGUCAUCUUCUGUGAUCAAGUGUCAGUGUGUAUUCCUGUACUGAGACUGUCUCGUCACAGGAAGAAGGUCUUAUUCUACUGUCACUUUCCGGACCAGCUACUCACUCAAAGGAAGUCAGCCCUGAAGAAGCUUUACCGUGCUCCCAUUGACUUCCUGGAGGAGCGCACCACUGGCAUGGCUGAUUUGAUUCUGGUAAACAGCCAGUUCACCGCAGGCGUCUUCAGGGAGACCUUUCAGAGUCUCAAACUGGUCCAGACAGAUGUCCUCUAUCCUUCCCUCAACACAUGCACCUUUGACCAGCCGUCCACUGAAGCACAAGGCCUGGAGGGGCUCCUCCCUGAGGGAACCUCCCACCUGUUUCUCUCGCUCAACAGAUAUGAGCGAAAGAAGCACUUGGGUUUGGCCCUGAAAGCCCUGGCAGCUCUGAAAAGCGUCCUCCCUCCGGGCCAAAGCACAGGGGUUCACCUGGUGGUGGCGGGAGGCUACGACGACCGAGUCAGCGAGAACGUGGAGCACUAUACGGAGCUGAAAGAGCUGGCAUCACAACUCCACUUGGAGGACUGUGUGACUUUCUUGCGUUCCCCCUCGGAUUCCGUCAAGGUGGCACUGCUGCGGGGAAGCCACGCGGUGCUGUACACCCCGAGCAGGGAGCAUUUCGGGAUAGUUCCCGUGGAGGCCAUGUACUGCUGCUGUCCCGUUAUCGCUGUGAACUCUGGGGGGCCCCUGGAGAGCGUGGCGGAUGGGAAGACUGGCUUCCUGUGUGAGCCCACGGCGGAGGCAUUCUCCAAGGCCAUGGAGAGGCUGGUCAUGGAGCCACACCUCCGUAGGGACAUGGGACAAGCUGGCAGGAAGAGGGUGCAAGAUAAGUUCUCUCUUCAGGCCUUCUCAGAGCAGCUGUAUGGCUACAUUGUCGGCCUCAGCCACUGACGUCAAGACUGCAGAUAUUUUUUUUCUGGAACUGAGUGAGUGGAAGUGGGAGUCUUCAUCUGACUGUGUGGUGAAAUAUAAGAGGGGUGGUGUAUUAGAAGGACAUGAGAGGACAAUUAAUCAGUGUUUCCUUAGAAGGGUUGCCAAGGAACAGAAUUCUCUACCAAUUAUGAAGACACUAGUGUUUCUGUACGUCGCAACACAGCAACCAAAAACUAUUGAUUCAUACAUUGAAGGGUUUUUUUUCUCCAGCAUCUUUAUGAGAGCAGCAUAGUUCUCAUCAGCCCGCACACAGUCCUAAAUCAAUAACCAGGAUGCUUUCCUCCACUUCCUGUCUGCACGGAGCUUUGUUCCAAAGAAGCUGGCCUGGUCCGUGACUCUUGCUGCUGCACGGAGGUUAUUAGCAGAUGAUAAAGAGUGUUUGGCUUCAUUAGAUUUCUGGAUGGUGGGCAGAAUGCCGCUGUCUGGGUCAUCAUGGAGGAGAAUAGCAGAAGGUCAUUGUGUCUGCGCAAUGGCCUCCUCAGCCCUCCUAUUGUAUGGACAUGCUCUUAUUGACAUUCCACGAGUCUUAAUAAACUAGACGACACACACACAAAGUUUCUCCAGCCGCUUUGUUGGAAAGUUUCUUCCUCCUUUAUUGUGCUUUGUGGGGGUGCCGAUAAAAGUAUGGCCUUUGCUGUGAAAAAAUUUUUGAAAGUAAAGGAUUCUGCUUAUUAGGAAAACUGAUGGUGAGAGCUUAAGUUUCUGUCUCAAUCCGCUGCUGCAUUAUCAGUUCAAGAGUUGCAGUUGUGUCAGCAUGAUCUCCGUUCAUUUUCUGGAAGGGAAUCUGAAAACAAGAAAUUACCAUUACUGGUGGACCUCGGGCUACGUGUGAGUUCCGUUCCUAAACUGUGAUGUAAGUAGAGUUUUGGUGUAAGUUGGAACUUAAACCUAAACCUAAAUUAUACCGAAAUGAACUCCAACUGUGUGCCCCAGAAGUAUUGGAACAGUGAGGCCAACUAGGGUCCUAUGAUUUCCAUGUUAAUGGUGUCAGGGACGGAAUCGCGGAAUUAGCCAGUAAAAUCGAACUCUACUGUUAAACGCAGAAUCUUGCAGAAAUUGACAAAUUGUGAAUGAAAUGCUGUCAUCGCGAGGAGACGGAACGUUUGUUUGGCGAAACAUUUCCCGGGUGGACUGCUCAAUAAAAACUAAAGUGUACUGUACAACAGUUGUUUGCUUUUAAAAAUAAAAGGAAAUCACAAGGUUUGAAUGAGUUAUUCAUCCAUAAUCAGAGUGGGACGCUGUCACAAGAGGAUUGUAAUGUAAACAUGUUGAGUUAGUGUAAGUUGCAGGGGGAACGUUUGGAGUGUGACACCGUACUGGAAGAGAGCCGGGCUAGUUGUAUGUGUGUAUAUGAGUGUAUGUGAGGAUUGUACCUGCUGCAAAGUUGUGAAUAAAGUUCAAGUAAGAAAGUAUACAUCUCAAACUGUCCACUCUUUAUGGUGCGGUAAGUCAAACGGCCACUGUCUGGCUCUUUGCUCCCACUAGCUUAAGCUUUACAUGGUCGUGUGCCAAGUGACUUGUUUACCUGUGCAACAGACACACCUUUGCGGAAGUAGAUAAGAUACCUGGACAAGAUCAGUUUCAUAUGGAAGGAUUGGCAGCACCGAUCGAUCGGUGCAUGUUGAGCCAAAGCGCUAGCAACAUUUCCAUCAAUAUUAAGAACACUACACUGCUUAGUUAUUACUGUCUCUUUCAUAGGAUCAUGCUGAAGGAAACUGUAGUGACCUGGCAGUUAUGGAUAGUGUUAAGAGUUUUGUGAUUUCCCACCGUCCUCACUGUGUGUGUGUGUGUGUGUGUGUGUGGGUGCGGUAUGAGUAUGGCUCCGUGCCGAGAGGUCAGUUGAGUUUGCUGGUGUUGUUUUGGCAUGACUCGGCCAACAGUAGUGUAUUGUUUUUGCAAUAAAGAGAUUGUUGACCUACCGCCUCCUGAUCAUCCUUACAAAGUCCGGUUAGAUGUUACAAUACCAUCUUCAUCCUUAAUGAUGGUCGCAACAGUCUAGUGUUGAGUGGUGUGGCUGCGUGUGAGCCUCAUGUAGCGUCUUCUUCCGCUCUAAUUGCUCCUUGAGAGAGUCUCAUGUUUAUGGCCCGAAAUAUAGGUUUUAAUUCAUCUAUGUGCGAAAUGCUAAAACUCGAAACGUCGUAAACCGAGGACCACCUGUAUUGAAUAUCAAUGUGUCAGGUGUCUUUAACUGGUGAGUAAUUUUACUGUAUUUUACUUUUAUAUAGUGUUAUUUUGCAGUGGUUAAUGACUUUAUACUUGUAUAACAGUUAAGGAUGUCUAAUUUCUUAUGGGAACAUUUUUUGCAAUUGGUAUAAUUGAAUAGAACCCAGACCACUGGAUUGUGUUCAACUUGUUUCUUUCCAGCGCUCUUAAGUUAUCCAUGUGACUGUUUGUCAGUAGCAGGUGAUGAGCUGUUACCAAAACCAACCUGGGUGCACACUGCCCGGCCAUAGCGAACAAACGUGGCGAAAUGCUCGCUGUUGAAGUUGAUCAGGUCGUAUUUGAACUCCUGAUUCAGAAACGUGUGACAGCGAUGCAUCAUCAGAUCCACCGUGGAUGGAACCAUCUGGUGUUUGUCAUUGUUGACCCGGAUGCGGAUUCCUGCCGGCACUCUGAUGUCAGUGAUGGGCUCAGAGGUGAUUGUGGUCUUCUUCAGAACACCGUCACCUUUGGACCUGGGAAGCAUGAGCUGCAUGAGGCUGCGGCACGCUUUUUGCGUCAUGUUCUCAUCUUUGGAGAAAGGAGUAAAAGGACAAGCAAAGCAAGAUCAUCCAGGCCUUUCUUACUUUCACUUUACCGGUUAAAUGAAAUCAUAUUUUGUUUGCUCACCUCCAACUCCGAAAUGGAUCACAUGACCUUUUCCCAUAUAAACGCCCCAGAGAGACAACCCCAACCAUGGAUUUACAAACUCUAUCAAGUCUCCAAUCUCUGCUGUAGACACGUUAUUAUCCAUCUGGAGAGAGAAAUUAUUGGGAAUACUGGGGAAUUAAAAAAAAAAACCUCUAUCAUUUGCAGAAUUGCAGAUUAGUUUAUAUGAGUUCAAAAUCAGUGGAAGAAAAAGAUUAAAGUCCCGUUCCCAAGUAAAGCAUACCAUUUUAAUUUUUAUGUGUUAUUCCAAAUGAAUUUGGAUUUGCGUGGCUGCUUAUAACAAACAAAAUUAUAUUUUUGUGUUUGUAUGUAAUACAGUUUAAAUCAAUGACCCAACAUUGACAGUUUAUUCCCAUAAAUUCCCCCAAUUUCCAUUCCAACCUGGAUUAUUUCAAAAAAAGAAAUCCUUUUACUGAACUUCCCACAGGCCUUUUUCAGCAGUUUGCCUGAGGUUUCCUGCAAAUAUUCUACCCCUUUGCCACCAAC